AUGUACGAUGAAGUCAAGGAGAUAGAGCUUGCUUCGUUAGUGAGAUAUCGGCACGCGCUGAAGGCGUCGUCUGCCUUCAAAAACGAAAUGGUAGAGGGAACGGGCGGGAGUAUCCCGCACGCUGCGAACAUCACCUCAGAGAACAUGAUGCGGAUCUCUGCACAAACGUGGAAGAAUGUCUGGAACUCCAUCGUCAGCAAAUGUGAUCCCGGCAUCGGUGUCACAGACAAGGGUUCUGCCGACUCUAGCUCCGCUAAUCCCUCUCCGCUGGAUUGGCUUAUUUCUAUGACGGACAGCUAUCAAAUGACAGUAUUGCUGCUCGAGAAUGCUAACAUACCGUUAUGUAACAACGUGCCUACAAGCAGACGGGAUCUCUUCCCCAAUCGACGCCGCCUGCAGCGCACAAUGACAAAGGCAGCAAUGGCCCCUAUGAUCACAAUUGCGAGUCCCGUUACCAGUCCUGCAACCCAUGUCAGGUUCUUGGUUGAUAUAUUUCCGUCAGCCUUAGAUGUUGCCGACGCGGAAGAACCUGAACUGGUGCUGCGUAAUGUGGUGCUGCUUGAAGAUGACACUGCAGUGGAGGAAGCGGACGGUGUCCCAGAUGAGCUAUGCCCUGGGAGGCAAGAAUCGAUGCAAUUAAUGACGAGUCACGCAGAGACGGACUUGCACUACGUACCGACCGGCAGGUCCACUGUCCAAAGUAGUCGCAUCACCCGGUUCGUCGUCAGCAUUGGGCGCUGCCCAGAGAUGCUAUGGGGUCUUUGA